AUGGUGGAGGACUUAGCAGCCUCCUAUGUUGCUCUGAAAUUGGAGAAUGAAAUUCUGCAGGCUCAAGUGCAGCGGCUGAUGGAAGAAAAUGCUACCCUCCGGGCCCAGAUCUCAGAGCUUCAGAAGUCCCAAGCAGCCAAGGAGGAUGAUCUACUCCGAAAGUCCUCAGAGGCCAAGGAGCCCCAGAAGCUCCCAGAGCACACGAAUCCCCCAGCAGCCUGGGAGUCCCAAAAGACCCCAGAGUUCAAGGAGCCCCAGAAGCCACCAGAGCCACAGGAACUUCCACCCUGGGAACCCCCAGCAGCCUGGGAGCUCCAGGAGGCCCCAGCAGCCCCAGAGUCCCUGGAGCCUCCCGCAACCCAGGAGUCCCAGAAACCUCCAAUGGCCCAUGAGAUCCCAGCAGUCUUGGAGGGCCAGGGGUCUGCAGACACCCAGGAUUCCACAUCAGCCCAAGAGCCCGAGAAUUCAGAACCCCAGGAUCCCCCAAAUAUUGAGAAGCCCCAGGAGGCAACAAAAUGCCAGGAGACUGCAGCACAGCUAGAGUUCCGUGAGCUUCCACCUCCCCAGGAUCUUCUGAAGCCUUCAAAUGCCCAGGAAUUCCUAGAACUCUCAGCAACCCAGGAGUCCCUGGAGAGUCUAAUAGUUGUGGAGACAUUGGCAGCUCCAGAGUUUCCACAGGCCCCUAUUGGGUUAGAGGCUACAGCUUUCCCCCUGGAAUACCCUUUAACUUUCGAUGGAGAUUCCCAGAAGCUUCCCGAGUUCCUGGUUCAACUGAAUAGUUACAUGAGAGUCAAAGGGCACCUGUGUACCACUGAGGCAGCCCUGGUGAGCUUUGUUGGCAAUUGCUUCUCAGAUAAGGCAGGAUGGUGGUUCUAGCUCUUACUGGAUAUCCAAAGCCUCUUACCGGGUCAAUGUGAAAAUUUCAUACAUGUGCUCCAGGAUACUUUUGAUAAUCCCAAAAACAUGGAAGAUGCCAACCAGUGCAUCUGUCAACUCUGCCAAGGGGAGGGUCAUGUAACAACCCACUUCCACCUCGUUGCUCAAGAGCUGAACUGGGAUGAAAACACUCUCUGCAUUCAAUUUAAAGAAGGGCUUGCCAGUUCUAUACGAGAUUAACUGUUUCACACAAACCCAGCCACCAACCUAUCUGAUCUCAUCACUCAGUGCAUCGACCUAGAAGAGAAGCCUGAUCCCAAUCCAUUAGGGAAAAGUUCCUCUGCAGAGGGAGAUGGGCCUGAGAGUCCACCAGAUGAAAACCAACCUAUGCAAGCUGCAAUCAACUGUCCACACAACAGUGAAGCUGAAUGGGCCCAUUGGCGCAAAGGCCACUUAUGCCUCUACUGUGGUUAUCCUGGUCAUUUUGCCAGAGAUUGCCCUGUCAAGUCUCAUCAAGCCCUGCAGGCAGGAAACAUUGAGGUCUGCCAGUAAGGGGGACCCCAGGAGGGCCAA